AAGGCGGAAGCCGUGGCGGGAUGGGGCGGUGCGGGGCCGUCCUGAGCCUGGCCCUGGAGGGGAACAUCGCCGUGGGGAAAUCGACCUUCCUGAAGCUGCUGGGUGCCACCUUCCCGCGGUGGCACCUGGUGACAGAGCCGGUGGCGCAGUGGCGCAAGGUGCCGGCCGGUGGCACUGCCCAGGUGAGGGCGAUCCCAACCACACCCCGGCCGUGCCAGCGCCACCCCGGGACCCCCUCAUGUCCUGCUGCCCCUCCUCAGGCGCCCGUGGGCUCUGCCAACCUGCUGCAGAUGAUGUACCAGGAGCCAGCCCGCUGGUCCUACACCUUCCAGACCUUCUCCUGCAUCAGCCGCCUGAAGGCGAUGCUGGAGCCGCCCGACGAGGGGCCCCCCGAGAGCCCCCCCCCCGUGAGGGUCUUUGAGCGCUCCGUGUUCAGUGACAGGUACGUCUUUGCCAAGAACCUCUUUGAGGCCGGGCACCUGCAGCCCCUGGAAUGGGCCAUUUACCAGGACUGGCACGAUUUCCUGCUGCGGCACCUGGGGCCCCGCGCCGCCCCCCACGGCUUCCUGUACCUGCAGGCCAGGCCCCAGACGUGCCUGGAGCGGCUGCGGCGGCGGGCGCGGCAGGAGGAGGGCGGGAUCCAGCUGAGCUACCUGCAGCAGCUCCACGCCCAGCACGAGCACUGGCUGGUGGACAGGACCACGGAGAUCCACUCUGCGGAGGCGCGGCGCGCGCCCGUCCUGGUGCUGGACGUGGACAAGGACUUCGAGCACGACGUGGCCGUGCAGGGCGUGCUCAUGGCACAGGUGGAGGAUUUUGUGACAUCGCUGAGCGCCGACACUUUGUCCCGCCCCGGCCCUGGUGCAGCCGGGGAAGGGGCAGCGUCUGCCUGAAAUCCCGAUCCCAGGACAAGGGACACGUCCUGGUCUCCAGCUGCCCCUCAGCCUGUGCUGGGCCAGGGGUGGAUUUGAGGUGGAUGCUCAGAUCCGUGGCAGGAGUUUUGGGGCGCCAGGGGGGCUCCCCGUGCUCAGGGGACCAGAUCCUCGCUGUGACCCCCUCCCCAUCUUUCGGGAUCCCCUGCUUUAGGGAUCCCACUGAAGGGAUUUCCUGCGCUGCUUGAAUUCCCAUGGGAAAUCCCGGUGUUUAGGUGACACCCAAACCCCGUAUUUUGUUAUUUUGUAUCUCGUUUUUUCCCCGUAAAUUAAGAUCAAAUCUC